AUGGCCAUCACGCCGCAGACGGCCCUGCCGUCUGACCAGGAGCUUUCGGUUGACCAGGAGAUCACGCUGUCGACGCCAUGGCUGAAGGCUGUCGCCCCGUACAUGGCCAAGAGCUGCGAGCGCACGAUCAACGAAUUCAUGCUGCGCCGGCGCGAGACCGAGGACCCGCGGGCCGUGCUGAAGGAGGGACGAGCCGUGACCGAUUGCGGAAUCGAAUUUCUUUUGUCGCUGAAGAAGCACUGCAAGCUGGAGACGGACGCCCUGGGCCACUGUAUCGACACCUCCAGCUCGAAGCUCUACAUUAGCCCUUGUCGCCGCGAACAGAAGGCGCUCGACGCGUGUGCCAGCCAAAAUCUCAGCAUUGAUCGACCGCCGCUGGGGUAUUUUAGCUCGCCACAUGUGCAUGAAAGCUCGGUGCCAUUCAGCCCGUCGCGGCCUCGCGAUUACAAGGCGGAAGCGGCCAAGGUACUGAACGAGCUGCCCGCCGACUACCACUUGCGCAAGGACUACAAGAAGUACAACGACUGGAAGGUGAAUAUGUGGGAGAGC